AUGGCGUGGGAUGUACAGUAUAUAUACCAGCUUCCUAACCUCUGCAAAAAGUGGGAUGUAUUUUUGUUCCUCUCCUAUCUUACGUCCACCCUCACUCCCUCUCUGAUCACCGAAAACCCACAAUUCAGAGUCCAAGAUAAUAUGUCCGCCGCAAUCGAAGAUGCACCUCCGCCGCCAAAUACACAGAAAAUGGACGACAAGUUCCCACAGCCUGUUUCCGAAAUAUUGCACGUCGAGCAUAUGCUUGACUCAGGAAAUGACAAACCAGAUCAUAUGGAUUAUGGACGUGUUGAUUCUGAAGUUGCUAAAUAUACCAGCGACGUGCUUAUCCACAUAAGUGACGAAGAAAACCGUCGGCUGAAAAAACUCAUCGAUAGACGAUAUCCAUGGCUCACAACGUGUAUAUAUAUUGGAAUUCUGGUCGUCGAAUAUCCCACCAAUUGGGUCCUUCAACGAGUACCAAUUGCAAAGUAUCUGGGCAUAAACGUCUGUGUUUGGAGUAUAGUACUCUCCAUGCAUGCCCUCUGUCAUAAUUUCGAAGGUCUACUCGUCACCCGCACUCUUCUGGGAAUCUUCGAAGCUGCCUGUCAGCCCAUAUUCGUCGUCUUAUCUAGCAUGUGGUACAAAAGAGAAGAACAAGCAGGUGUGGUGAUAUAUUGGUACAUGAUGAAUGGCGCUCAACAAAUCGUCGGCGGACUCCUCGCCUACUGUUUCACGCUCCUGAAAUCCGGGCCCCUCAAAUCCUGGCAAGCCAUCUUCGUCGCCUACGCCUGUCUCUCUUUCCUCUGGGGAAUAUUCAUCCUAAUCUGGAUGCCAGACUCGCCUAUGCGUGCGAAAUGCUUCAGCGAACACGAAAAAAGACUCAUGGUCGAGCGAGUGCGCUCCAACCAAACCGGCAUGCAGAACCGCAAAUUCCGCAUCGAGCACGUCAAAGACGCACUAACCGAUCCGCAAAUGUACUGUUACUGCCUAAUAGCCAUCUGUACCACGUUACCGACGAGUGGCCUGGGUGCAUUCGCCAAUAUCAUCAUUACGGGAUUUAACUUUACGGUGCUACAAACACAGCUUUUGUCGAUGGUUUUAGGCUUUUACAUCAUCAUUGUAUUAUUAUCGAGCCAUUAUCUGGUCAAGAAGUAUAAUCAAAAUAUUCUCGUCAUGACAUUCUACCUAAUGCCAUCCUUCAUCGGCACCGUAAUCCUCAUGACAAUCCGCAACACGAACUUCAGCACGAAAGUCGGACUCCUGAUUUCCUACUACAUAACCCUCUCGUUCUGGUCCACUGCCACUCUAUCCCUGACACUCAUGUCCCGAAACGUCGCCGGCCAAACAAAGAAGACCAUAGUCGUAGCUGCAAACUUCAUAAGUUGGGCUGCAGGGAAUGCGGUUGGUCCUCAGGUGUUUCUGAAAAAUGAUGCGCCGCGAUACUUUAUCGCCUUCGCUACUCAUCUUGGUUGCUACGCGCUGCUUCUUUUAGUAAAGAGAGAUGAGUUGGCUGAGGCGGGAGUGAGACAGGCCAAUGAUCGGGACAUGGUACACGCGUUUGAUGAUUUGACGGAUAGAGAGAACCCUAACUUUAGAUAUGUAUAUUAA